UCCAAAGUCGGGGGACAGAAGUUUUGGAACGUGGCAAGACAAAGUAUAGGAGGAAAAAGAAAGCACUAAUGUUUAUGUCACCCGGCGAUAUUGUGAAUUUCCUCCUAUGUCUCCCUUAGUGUUCUCCGGUGUGCAGCUCUGCUGCUGUUCCUUUGUUGCACCAAGCAUUGAUUAGUAGUUGCCUGUGCUCUAGCAUUUGUCGUGCACUCGGGCAGCAAAGGGUGGUGAUUGAAAGCUAGGCCUGUGGAGCCAGGCUGGGAUUCUGGCUCCAUCGUGUGGCUUUGGGCGAGUUACUCAAGCUUUCUGUGCUGUUUUCGUCUCUGCAGAAAUGGGGCCGAUGGGAAUAGUACCCAACUCCUGGUAUGCUGAGGGCUGAUGAGUUGGUGUAUGUCAGGCUUUCUGAACAAUGCUUGACACCCAGGAACGGCUAAGUCAGUGCUUGCUAUUAAUUUUCUUUCUGCCACUGCUGCUGCUACUCCUACUGCUCUUAUGAUUAUUCUUAUUUCCCUGUUACUGCUACCCCAGUCAGGGUGCUGAGCGCUUGACCUACAUUAUCUCUCUUUUUUUCUUUUUUUUAAUUGAAGUAACAUUGAUUUAUAACAUUAUGUAAAUUUCAGGUGCACCUCGUUAUAUUUCCAUUUCUGUAUGGAGUGCAUCAUGGUCACCACCCAAAGACUAAUUAUCAUACAUCACUGUAACCUAUAUUAUCUCUUGUUCUCAUGGUAACCCUUUGAAGUCUAAACCAUCUUUUAUUUUCCAUUUUUUUCCAGCUAUCUGUUGGAAGCUUGGGGAGAUUAAGUGACACAGCCAGUAAGAAGUAAAGCUCAGAUUUAAACCCUGGCAGUUUGGCUCCAGAGCCUGAACUCUAGGUUCUAUACUUGACUACAUCCCCCGUCAUAGGGCAGCCACAGUGUGGAUGCCAGGGCACAUUGUGCUGGGAGUGGGGCACGAAAACAGGAGGAUGGACUCAGGCAAGUUCUGGAGGAGAUGAAAGCUUUAUAUGAACAAAACCAGUCUGAUGUGAAUGAAGCGAAGUCAGGUGGACGAGGUGAUUUGAUAUCAACCAUCAAAUUUCGACACUGUUGUUUGUUAAGAAAUCGCCGCUGCGCUGCCGCAUACCUGUAUGACCGAUUGCUUCGCAUUAGAGCACUCAGGUGGGAAUGUGGCAGUGUCUUGCCAAAUGCUUUACGAUUUCACAUGUCUGCUGAAGAAAUGGAGUGGUUCAAUCAUUAUAAAAAAUCCCUUGCUACUUACAUGAGGUCACUGGGAGGAGACGAAGGUUUGGACAUUACACAGGAUAUGAAACCUCCAAAAAGCCUAUAUAUAGAAGUGCGGUGUCUAAAAGACUAUGGAGAAUUUGAAGUUGAUGAUGGUACUUCAGUCCUAUUAAAAAAAAAUAGCCAGCACUUUUUACCCAGGUGGAAAUGUGAGCAGCUGAUCAGACAAGGUGUUCUGGAGCAUGUCCUGUCCUGACUUCACCCUGGGGCGCUGCCAGGCUUCCCUGGGGUGCAACGUGGAACCCAGCCAUGGAAACGUCUACACAUGCCUCUCCACCGUCCUCUGUCCCCAGCCCUCUUUGGCUGUAAAAGUUGCGUCCUUUAAGAUAGUCAGGAGUACUUGGCUGAGGAGUGGAGUUUGUUUUUCUGUUGUAUAGGAUUCCUCCUCCUCUUUGUAAUAAGCUGUACCUGUAAUCAUAACACUCCGACAGUCACUACAACAUGCAGUUUUUUUAAUGAAAAUUAACUUUUAUUACAUUUGAAUCUCUUUUAAACAAUGAGAGUUUCACGGGGCUGUUGUGUUGUUUCUGCUAGUGUGUGUUGUGCAAGCCAGGGAGCUGAAUUUGUGGAAUACGUGUUUCCAAGUCACUUGCGCGGGUGGAGAUGAUGGUCCAUAAAAACUUUCAGUAUAUUUAACGUUUAACGACGUACUAAUUUGUCAUCUGGCUGUUUGGGAAGGAAGAGAGGAAGGACACAAUGGGUUUUGCCCAUUUCCAAUAAUGGCGGCUGGUCUGGCUCGUGCCUGCCUGCGAGCUUGUGGGGUGAGCACCAGUAUCACCACUUUGGAAAGAGAAAUAGAAAUUGGGGCUAGAAAAGGAACUUUGUGCAGUUUUCCCCCAGGCUUACAUUGACCGAAAAGUCACAUGAAGAGUUGGUCAGCCAAGUGGAGAGCAAUUUCUUUGUCCGAUGAGCUGUGAGUGGUGUAGGAGCUGGAGAGGCACCAAGUGGUGUUGCCUGGUGGUCAGUGGCCUUUGCCCACCAGUCCCUCCAUGACCAGCCCAGUGAUCUGAAAGAGGCAUUCAAAUGUGAGAGUCCAGAUAAGCCUGGUACCGGGCGCACACUGCAUGUGCAGUUUCAUUUUUAUAGAGGGGACUGUUUCUGGCCAAAAUUAUAUUCAAGAAAUCAGGUUAUAGAAACCUUUACCUAGCAUGUGGAUCUGUAUGUUUUCAUAAUAGACCUACUUAGGUCAGUCGGCUGCCCUUCGCAGAUUAUUUUCAUUAUUAAAAAUAAUUUCUCCCCAUAGUUUUCAUAGUCGGAUCAGGUUUUCAUCUGAAUCUUUGGUGAUAAACAAUAAGGAAAAUUUCCUGAGUGGAUGGGAUGGGUGAGGUUGGUAUUUGACUGUGGGUCUGUAGUCACUUCCUUCCCUCGUAUUCCACUCCCGGAGCAUGUGGAACCACACACACAGCGAGCCCCAGGUCCCCGCGUCAGCUAGGAGGAUAGACAGCCGAGAGGACAUGGCUCUGUCGCCAGCCCAGCAUCAUUCCCCAACUUCGAUUAUACGAGGUACUUUUGUGUUUAAUUCCCCAGAUAAAAUAAGUAUGUUCUUUAUUUGAAAUGAAUGUAUACUAGUUGAAUUUAAAAUUUUGGAGGUUUUAUUGAUUUAUAUUGACUGGCUCUGUAUUUAGAAUUGUGACUAGAAUUUUAAACAAAUAGCAUUUUUUCUUAUUAUGAAGGUAAUAUAUGUGCAGUUAAGAAAAAUACAGUGUAGAAAAUGAAAGUAAGUUCUCCUUCACUUACUAAAUACCAUCAUCCAGUGUGCUCACUAUUAGCUGGUUAUGUACAUAAAGUACAAUCCCAUUUCUUUUUAAGUGGUUUCCCAAUUAUUUUCUAGUUUUUGUUGUAAUGUGAAUGAAAUCUUUUUUCUAUUAUAUUUUCUAAUUGGCUUUGGUUAAUACAUGUAAGAAAGCUGCAAAUUAAGAUGAUGUGGCCAAAUUCUAAUAUUUAUAUAAACAUUUCUUUUUCACAUUGAUUUUGUUGUCUAGAACUUUCAGAAAAGUGUUGACUGCUGCUGGUAAUAGCUGGCAGCUUAUCUUUUUCCUGACUUGAUUGGAAUGCCGCCAUCUUUCUCAACCUUUCUAUCCCAUACUUCUCCAGGAAAAAUACCAAAACUUGUGGCCUCCCUCAGUGCAACUUGAAGCCUCAAAAUAAAUUCAAUAUUAUAAUUAAAAAUAAACAGUGAUAUUAACAAAUAUGAUUUUUCCAAGUGAGCUUUUGGAACUUGAGUGAUGAUCAUGUGGUUUCUUACUUAACCCCCCAAUGGAAUGGAUUAUUUAAAGAGAAUUGUGUUGUUGACCUCUCUUGCCUUCCCUGGGCUACACUCUUCUUGGCCAAGUGUGUCAACCUUUCAGUGAACUGCAAGGUUUGAUUUGCUGUUUAUUGGGGAAUUUUGCAACUGUGAGUGAUGUUGGUUUAUAGAGUUUUAGAAGAGGGGAGUGUGUGCACCCACGGGUGUGUGUGUGUCUGCUUUGUCAGUGUUGUCAGUUAUCUAUUCUAUGAAACAAACCACCCAAAACGUGGUGGCUUUAAACCACCCCAUUUUAUUAUCUCUCAUGAUUCUGUGGGUUGACUGGGCUCAGCUGGGUGGUUCUGCAGGUCUCGAUGGAGUUUCUGAUGCGGUUGCAUUCAGAUGCUGGCUGGCUGGCUCAGCCUCCCUCUCUCUGUGUGGGGUCUCCACGUGGUCCCUCUAGCAGGCUGGCUACACUUCUCGCCCAGCAGCUCAGGACUCCCACAGUGGUGAGAGGGUGGAAGUAGGCACUGCUGGUUUUCUGAAAGGCUAGGCCUGGUACUGGACUAGCAUCACUUCUCUGCACCCCUCAGUGAGCCCAAUCACAGGCUGCCCAGAUUCAGCGAAGGGACCGUGUGAACCACAGGAAGGCGGGAAUACUGAGCGGCCCCCACAGCCAGUAUGGUGUCAGUGUUCUGGCGUCUAAAGUGAGUUGGUUGCCUGUUUUGAACAGAAAUGUAACCUUUUACAUAGCUUUAAUACCUACAGAACCAUCUGGGUCUAUGUUGUUCUUUGAUAAGUCUUUUUAUUGUCUUCUUUAGUUUUUGGUCAAGUUUUUUACUUUUUCUUUAGUAAAUUUUAGUUAUUAUGUUUUUCUAAAUCUAUUUUAAUCUAUAUUUUGAAGUGUAUUAGAAAUUUUUUUUCUUUUCUCUAUUAGGUCAUUAGGUCUAUUAGGUAUCUGUUUUCUCUUUUUUGUCUUAGUCAUGUAACUUUUUAAAAAAUAUGUGUAAUGAUUAUUAAUCUUUUAGGAUGUAGAGGAGGGAGAUGCAAAUUUUAGAUGAUUUAUUUCUUGAUUUUCACAAUUGAUAGUAUUUAGGAUGAGUUGAAUUUAUUAUUCUAUUUUGUAACUUUAUAAAAAACAAUAUAUUCACAUGGUAGAAAAUAUAUAUGUAUAAUAAGAUGUACAACAAAAACUCUUGCUUCCUCCUCUGUCCUUAUCCAUCCUGUUCCCAUACUCAUAGCUAACCACUUCUAUUCAUUUCAUGAGUACGUUUUGAGUGUUUUUGUAUAAAUAAAAGAAAAUAUGAAUAUAAAUUCUUGUUUCCCUCUUCCAUAAAAGAUACCAUACUAUAAAACGUUUGUGGUAUUCACUGUAUGGCUGUGUUAUGCUCUGAAUUGUGUUCCCCCUAAAUUCAUGUGUUGAAGCUGUAACCAGUACCUCAGAAUGUGACUGUAUUUGGAGAAAGGGCCUUCAAAGAUGUCAUUAAGAUAAAAUGAGGUCCUAAUCCAGUAUGACUGACAUCUUUAUAAGAAGAGGAAAUUGGGACAUCCUGGCUGUGAGACUUGAUUACGUGAACACAGCGAUAAGACGGCCAUCUGCAAGCCAAGGAGGGAGGCCUCAGAAAAAAACAACCUUGCUGACAGCGUGACCCUGGAGUUCCAGCCUCCAGAACUGAGAGAAAAUAAAUUUCUGUUGUUUACACCACCCAGUCUGUGAUCUUUUGUUAUGUCAACCCUAGCAAGCUAAUACAGGUUGUUAAAUACUUUUUCUUAAAAAUCUAUUUCCCUAUUGAUGGACAAUUGAAUUGUUUCCAGCUUUUUGCUAUUACAAAUAAAGCUAACAUGAGUGA